GCCUGCUCCUGCCUACGUGUUCUUCCGGUAGCAGAGUGGCGGAUUAUCCUGUGGCCGGCAAAAUGGAACUUGAGGCCAUGAGCAGAUACACCAGCCCCGUGAACCCGGCUGUCUUUCCCCACCUGACCGUUGUGCUGCUGGCCAUUGGCAUGUUCUUCACCGCCUGGUUCUUCGUUUAUGAGGUCACGUCCACCAAGUACACCCGGGAUAUCUACAAAGAGCUCCUCAUCUCCCUGGUGGCCUCACUCUUCAUGGGCUUUGGAGUCCUCUUCCUGCUGCUCUGGGUCGGCAUCUACAUAUGAGCUCCCAAGGGUUCCAACUGGGCAGCUUCACGGAAUCCCUACUUUUGUAAAUUAAUUUUUUUUUUUUUUUUUUACUGUGGCUGGAAGUUUCCCACCUGUUGCUACAAUAAAGGCAGAUGUGACAUCC